AUUUGAUUCUAUCAUCUGUUUUGGUUUAUUUUUAAUUUCUUAAUUUUUAUUUCAGAACAAUUUAAUGAUAAAAUUGAAAAUAAGUAAAACGACGAAAAUGGUUGAAGACAAAUUUAAUGCACAUGUUGUAAAAUAUUUUACAGCUUUAAUGGAUAAUGACAAAAGUCUUUCUUCAGGAAUCGCUGCGAUCAAAACCUUGUUAAUGGUACUUGAAAAUACUAAAUUUGACACCAUCCAUAUAUUAAUCUCAACAAUCCAAGCAGCUGUUUUAGCCAUGCGGUCAUCAGAACUUCCAAUAACAGCAAUAGUUUCUGGAAGUGAAUUAUUUUCAAGAUUUAUCACUUUUGCUAAAUUUGAUGACAAAUCUAUGGAAGAAUGUAAAAAUAUUAUGUUGAAUAGAGGAAAAUCUUUUCUAUCUAAAUUAUUAGAAUGUAGACAAAUAGUAUCAAAUCAAGCUGUUCAGUUCAUCACUGAUGGAUGCCGAGUAUUGACGCAUUCAAGAUCAAGAGUAGUGUUACAAACUCUGGAACUAGCGGCCAAAAGUAACAAAAAAUUUCAUGUUUAUGUAACCGAGGGAGGUCAUGAUAAAGACGGAAAACAAAUGUGUGCCGAUUUGGAAAAAUGUGGGAUCGAUUGCACUUUAAUAAUAGAUUCUGCUAUAGGAUAUGUUAUGGAGAGUGUCGAUUUUGUUAUGGUGGGAGCUGAGGGAGUUGUUGAAAGUGGUGGAAUUAUUAAUAGGAUUGGUACAUUCACAAUGGCAGUAUGUGCUAAGGAAAUGAAAAAACCUGUUUAUGUUGUAGCUGAAAGUUUUAAAUUCACGAGAUUGUAUCCUCUUAAUCAAAGAGAUCUUCCUGAUGAAUAUAAAUAUUCUAAACAAGAUUUAAGAAAUUUAAAAAAUAUUGGAAAAGCUCAUCCGUUAGUUGAUUAUACACCACCAGCAUAUAUUACAUUGAUUUUCAGUGAUUUAGGAAUUUUAACUCCAUCCGCAGUGAGCGAUGAGUUAAUUAAAUUGUACCUAUAAUAUACACAUUUUUUACCGUUAUGUAAUAGUUCCAUAUUUAAAUAAAAAUUGUGGAUUAAUAUAUAAUA